GGUUAUUUGAUUCGUGCGUGUGCUGUCAGUUGUCAUUGUGGAUCCAUCUGAAAUUUUUACUAGAGAUCACGUUUUUAUUAUAAAAGAGAAACACAUUUUCUCUGAAAGGUAUAUAAAACCACUGCUAAAUACAUAAAUUAUCAAAAUGAUGCAACCACAAAUUCUGCUUUUGAAAGAAGGAACCGAUACAUCUCAGGGUAAACCGCAGCUUGUCUCAAAUAUAAAUGCCUGCCAGUCUGUGGUUGAUGCGGUACGGACCACCUUAGGACCAAGGGGUAUGGAUAAGUUAAUUGUUGAGAAAACCGGCAAAGCUACAAUUUCUAAUGAUGGUGCCACUAUUCUGAAGCUGUUGGACAUUGUUCAUCCAGCAGCGAAAACUUUAGUUGAUAUUGCAAAGUCUCAAGAUGCAGAGGUAGGCGAUGGAACUACGAGUGUUGUACUGCUUGCUGGCGAAUUUCUGAAGCAAAUAAAACCCUAUAUCGAGGAAGGCGUCCACCCAAGGAUUAUUAUUAAAGCUGUUCGUAAAUCUCUUCAGAUCUGUCUCGAAAAAAUCAACGAACUAGCAAUAAAAAUCAAUAAAUCCAAUGCUGCAGACUUUAGAUCUCUUCUAGAAAAAUGUGCUGCCACGGCCAUGAGCUCGAAAUUGAUAAAUUUGCAGCGUGACUUCUUUUCCAAAAUGGUUGUAGAUGCAGUUUUACUUUUAGAUGAUUUGUUACCGUUGAAUAUGAUUGGUAUUAAAAAGGUGCAGGGAGGUGCACUAGAAGAGUCGAUUUUAGUAGCCGGAGUUGCUUUUAAGAAGACUUUUUCAUAUGCCGGUUUCGAAAUGCAACCUAAAAUUUAUAAGAACUGUAAAAUAGCUCUUUUGAAUAUAGAAUUGGAACUUAAGGCUGAGAGAGAUAACGCCGAGGUUAGAGUAGACAAUGUUAAAGAAUACCAGAAAAUUGUCGAUGCUGAAUGGAAAAUUCUGUACCAAAAGUUGCAGAAGAUUCACGAAUCUGGGGCAAAUGUGGUUCUGUCGAAGUUACCCAUUGGAGAUGUUGCCACACAAUAUUUUGCUGACAGGGAUAUGUUCUGCGCCGGACGUGUUCAAGAAGACGACCUAAAACGUACCCUUAAGGCAUGCGGGGGAGCCGUUAUGACGACAGCUCACGACCUUAACGACUCCGUUCUCGGAAAAUGUGAUCUGUUCGAGGAACGCCAGAUCGGCGGAGAAAGAUACAACCUCUUCAAGGGCUGUCCAAAUGCGAAGACGUGCACGUUAAUCCUCAGAGGCGGCGCCGAACAGUUCUUAGAGGAAACCGAACGGUCAUUGCACGACGCUAUAAUGAUCGUCAGAAGAACGAUUAAAAACGACGCCGUUGUAGCUGGAGGGGGAGCCAUAGAAAUGGAGUUGUCAAAGAUAUUAAGAGAUUAUUCUCGCACCAUCGCGGGGAAGGAACAGUUACUGAUCGGCGCUAUCGCCAAAGCUUUAGAAGUUAUCCCGAGGCAGUUGUGCGACAACGCAGGUUUCGAUGCCACCAAUAUACUGAACAAACUCAGACAGAAACACGCUCAGGGCAACUGCUGGUACGGGGUUGACGUCACCAAGGAAGAUAUUAGCGAUAAUUUCGAGGCGUGCGUUUGGGAGCCCGCUGUUAUUAAGGUUAAUGCCCUGACGGCGGCCACCGAGGCCACUUGCUUGAUUUUGUCUGUCGACGAGACUAUUAAAAACCAAAAAUCCGAAGCUCCUCCACAGAUGGGAGGCAGGGGCAUGGGUAGACCAAUGUAACUUCGCUUCUGCUUUGAGUAUAUCCUAAUUUUAUGUUCAUUAUUUAAUUAAUAGUAGUAAAACUUGUGUACGCUAAUUUUUUGUGUUUGCUCUUAACACUUUUCUAAUAAAGUUUAAACAAAAACUU